AUGGAGCGGCGCGGCCCCGUCCACGCGCUGCCCGAGGAGAUCCGCAAGAUGCCCCGGGACCAGACAGUGUGCAAAUACUGCGGAGUCAGCUACCUGACACUCCACGAGUUCAAGGUGAUGGAAGACAAAGUCAAAGCAAUGGAGAAGGAGAUUAAAGUUUAUAAGGGAAGCCUAGAACGGGAGCAGAGGCUUCAGGCAGAAUUGCAGGCUCUGCACCACGACCUCGAGCGCUGCCGGGCGGAGAGCGAAUCCAAAACGGAAAGGAUAAAAACCCUGACAGUGGAACUUAAAACCAAGCAGGAGGAGAUGAAAACUGUGAAAGCUGAUUUGCAGUAUUUCCAGGAGGAGAAGGAAGCUGCCUACAAGCAGUCACAGGUGCUCAGAACUACCUUGGAACACCAUUGCUCCACCCUGAACAAGGCUGUCUCACUGUUCCCUUUCAUUAGGAGUGAAUUAGACAGUAUUAAAGAGGUCAUCUCCACCAACAUGGAGAGCUUUGCAGCCAUGAAGGAAGAAAUUUUUCGGCAAAUAAAAGCCAUGAGCAAAGAAGCUCUGACAGAAAUACCCAAACUGAACCAAAGAUUGGCAAAAUCCCAGCGGGAGAACGAGUGUCUGCAGGAGAAGGUCAAACACCUCUCUGAGGUGGCUGACACAGUUGAGCUGAAAACUCAGCAGCUCCAAACUUCCCUUCAGCAGGGGAACGAGCUCCAGAGUCGGUGCCGUGAGCUGCAGAAGGAAACUCUGGAUUUAACAAAUCAGGUGGAGACAGCUGGCCUGCAGCUGCAGAAGGUGACAGCAGAGAUGGACCACUACAAGAAGCUGUUGCUGGUGAAGUCAACAGAACUUGAUGUCUGUCAAAACGAACUGAAAAAGAUCAAAUAUGAGAAUGGAAUUGCUGAGUCCAGACUUACAAAAGAGCUGAAGGAAAAGGAGGAAUCCCUUCUUGUUUGCCAACAAGUCUGCAAACAUUUACAGGAGGAGGUGGCUGAGAAAGAAAGGAGAGAAGAAGAUCUGAAAAGAAGAACUGGGAGAUCAGAGAGUGAGCUGGAAACCCUUAAAGCUCUGCUGGGCCAAACAGAGCAGGAGGUGCUGAUGCUGAAACAGGAGAGGGAGCUGCUGAAGAGCAGGACGGAGCAGCUGCAGGAGACGCUGAGGCAGAAGGUGCAGAGUGAGGACUCCUGGAGGGACAAGCUGGAGAUGGACCUGGCCAAAGGGGAGGCUCGGCACAAAGAAGCAAUUCUCAAAGUCAGGGAAGAGGCCAGAGUGGAGCUGGAGCUGGAGAGACAAAAACAGCAGGAACUGAUCACAAAGUACCAGAGAGAGCACGAGGAGCUCCAGCAGAAGAUCCCAGGUUUAAUAUCCAGUGCCACCAAGAGCUUGAGGAUGGAGAUGGAAAUUCUGGAGAAGAAGCUCCAAGAUGCCCAAAUGAAAGUGGCAGAGAAGGAUGGAGACAAGGAAAAAGAAAUCCAGAGCCUUAAAAGGCUCAUCAGUGAGCUUGAGUUCCAGCUGACCAUGGAAAAGAGCAACAAUGAAUCAUUCCUGGAUAAACUGAGGAAAGAAAUUAAGCACAAGUCAGAUGAACUGGAAAAAUUAACCCAGGAGAAGACACAGCUGAUUCACAGCUUGAGUCAAGUUCAAGAGGAGAAUUCCCUGCUGCAGGACACGGUGCGCCGGGAGUGCGAGGAGCGCUUCGAGCUGACGGCGGCGCUGGGCCGGGCCCGGGAGCAGGUGCUGGAGCUGCGGAGGCUCAGCGGGACCCUCCCCGCCGGGGAGCUGCGCCUCUCCGGAGCGCUGGGCACGGCCAGGGCUGCCCGGGCCCCCGGCUCGGGCCGGCACGGCGGCAGCAGCGCCGGAUCCCUGGAUGCUCCCAAGGGAAGGGCGGCCCCGCCGGGCGAACCCCGCGGCCGGGUCCCCGCCGGGAUGAGGCACCGGCCGAGCCAGCUCUGACAGCUCCGCCUGGGAAACCAUUCCAGCCUCCGAAGGAGCACCUCCCGAACUCAUCC